AGAUCUCCCCUAUUUUAAACAAACGCAGUCCAUUACCAACCACAGAAAAAUGACAGGCCGCACGAGGCCAAACCGCAGCCGAUCACUACAACCAGUUGAAAGACAGCUGAGUUCUAUAAGCAAUACAACCACAGACGAAUACGACCUACUAGCCGACGAUGGUCUCCAAGACGCUUUAUUACCGUCUCGACAUUCUACAUUGGACGACAGUGACGAGUCAUCGGUGGCAUCAGAUACCGAUACACAUGACCCCUCACUGGAACUGUCAGACAACCCUGACGUUGACCCUGACGCACUUUUGCAACUUAUGAGCGAUCAGGGCACGCCGACACUCCACGCUAUCGGAACGCAUUUCCCUAUGUUAGAUGACGAAAGUGAAAGCGAAGCAUCUGACAGCAGUAGCUUACUACUACCUGAUUCAGUGACCUUGACCAGCACCUCCAAAGCCACAUCACUUUCUCCCGCCCCUACCAUUAUUCGAGUCCUUUACAUGGGCAGCGCCAGUGAAAAUGACAAAUCCAAUAUAUUGAGAAAGCUCUCAGAAGGCCUAGCGGAAAUUUUUUUACAACGCCCACCAGACGCAAAGUAUGACCUAAAGACGCAAGACGAUGUGUCCGCCACUGAUCAACGAGUCUUUUCUGGCUCGACUCUUCAUACUGAUCCCAGUCUCUUCAAAGAAAGAAAACACAAUGUCCUGCCAUUAUCCACCACCGCACGUUUUGCCGCUGACGAUGAUAACGACUCAGUAGAUGAGCCUAUCGAAACCUACGAAGAUAAUGGACUGGCUAUCAUUGAAGCCGAUUUUACCAGGAGUAGCGAGCGAGAAUUCAAAAAUGCUUCGACAGACACUAUCUAUGACUAUGUGAUACAGCACAUGGACACCGAACAAUUGCAUGACUCUACUGAGACAUCGUCCCAACGUCGCUCUCAUCGUUUCGAAGGCUACAUAUAUCCUGAUCCUACCCCGGAUGGUGUGGAUCUCAUUGUAUACUUUUACAGUGGCCUUGAAAAUGACGAGGAACGUCAAAACGAGAUUGAAGAUGACAUGAUUCUCCUUUGGAAACUGCGGCAACUUGGUAUCCCUGUGCUUCCCAUCUUAUCCUCCUUAAUAACCACCAAGCGACGAAAACCUGUAGGUGGUGAUAUUAGCAUUCAUCGGGAUGAACCAAACCACGAUACCCCUAUUUCUGUUUCAUCGGGCUCCACAGGAGGUUCCAGCCGACGACGCACUUCACCUAUUCGAACCAAUGGUCGACACCAUCGAUGGCAUGAUUCUCACCACAGUAAUGCAGAUUAUAAUCAAGUGAUGAUGGAGAAUCGAACGUAUCUAUCCAAUAUGUUUGCUGAAUAUCGUAUUCAAUGCCUUGACGUACUUAAUUUGGAAAUUGGUCGACCGUCUUUUCAUCGACGACAGCGUGGCAGUCCCGAUAACACCCAUAAAGAAGAUUGGGAAACGUCAAGCUUAAUGCCUGCCCCUUGGCAGAUUCUUACUGUCGAACAAUUUGCUUCGGUUGAUAAAAAGGCCGUGUACGAAGCUCUGAAGAAAUCCAGAGAAAUGGCCGUAAAGCGAGAAACGGUGCGUGACAUCAUACGGGCCAAGCGAAAAUCCAUGGAAACAACCUCACCUAGUGACAGCAAAGCGAGCCUUCACCUUUCCAGCAUGAAGAUUAACCUCAUCCGUUGGAUCAUGGGUAUCUUUAUCCCAUUUGUUGUGGUAUUUUGUUUGUUUCAAGGUAGUACGACGAGCACGCUCCACCUGUCAAAUUCAACUACCACCGUCGGACCCCCCGCUAUGGCCAAGCUCCAUCCAAUGUGGUCAACGCUGGAAGCCAAUUCCAAAACCCACCUUUUCGUAGUGGAAGUUUUUGACAAAUUCGGCCGCCCAUCCUCCUUUGGACCCUCUGGUGUGAAGCUCAAAACCGUAGGCUUAACCCAAGGCCGUCCAGAGCACAUAUUGGAUAUGGCGGAGCUAGGUCAAGGUCAAUAUAUGCUAGAAGUUCUUUCGCCAUGCUUCCAAGAAGAUCCCUCCUCUCCUUUGCAAGUCGAAAUAGAGACUGUCCUGGGCAUUCCGGUGCAGGACAGCCCUGUCACAUUGACGGCCUGUCCCACCAGUACCAAUCGUGUGUCGUCGGGACUUAAAAGCCGACCUACACCACCACCACCACGUUCGCCUCCUCAGCCUGCUCCUCCAGUGACUUUACACCGGACUUUGAAGAAGCCUUGGUACACUGGAGAUCGAUUACUACGUAAAGCCAAGGCCUUUGGUAGAGCCUCGGUAGCGGUCAGAAUGAUUACACAGGCGUGUGAUUUUGUAUACUAUGUCAUUGGCAUAUUUUGGGAUGAAGCUGGUUUUCGAGAUCUCCUUCAUAGACUGCCUGCAAGUCACACAUGAUUGGUUGCCCCCAGCCCAGCUCUUUUUUUUUUUUCUCUCUUUUUUUCAUACGUGAGAAGAUGUACGUGUGUGUAUGAUAGAACUUUUCCUUUUGCUUCGUUCAUUCCUUUUGCUAAACCGGUGUACACUUUUUGCCUUCCUCCAAUAAACCCGUUUGUUGACCUCCUCCAGAGAAACCAAAAAAUAGAAAAAAAAAAAUUUCUGGUGUGGGUGAUGUUGACCAAAUUGAACAGAAGGCCGUGGCGG